GCCCGGUGCAGCGGUUGAGUGCAGGUGAGCCGCAGCGGCUCCAGCGAGCGCCCCCGGCUCCCACCACCUCCCCGCAGUUAGCUUCCCGGCCCUCCUUCCCCGAACCCCAGACCGAUGUGGACUGACCCGAAUUGCAGCGAGGAUUUUCUUACCUUGAAGUGAUCAAGUACUUUGAAAAUGACUUCAAAGCUUGUCUCAGUGGCCCUCAUACUUGCUGCACUAACUCUUGAAACCACAUUUUCUCUCCAACCAGACCCGCAAAAGGUUCUACUAGUUUCAUUUGAUGGAUUCCGUUGGGAUUACUUAUACAAAGUUCCAACACCCAAUUUUCAUUAUAUCAUGCAAUCUGGCGUGCAUGUGAAACAAGUUACUAAUAUUUUUAUUACCAAGACCUACCCUAACCAUUAUACCUUGGUAACUGGCCUCUUUGCAGAGAAUCACGGGAUUGUUGCAAAUGACAUGUUUGAUCCUGUUCUGAACAAAUCUUUCUCCUUGGAUCACAUGAAUAUUUAUGAUUCUGAGUUUUGGGAAGCAGCAACACCAAUAUGGGUCACCAAUCAGAGAGAAGGACAUAGUAGCGGUGCGGCCAUGUGGCCUGGAACAGAUGUAAAGAUACAUAAGAGCUUCCCUACUCACUAUAUGCCUUACAAUGAGUCCACGUCAUUUGAAGACAGAGUUGCCAAAAUUAUUGAGUGGUUUAUAUCAAAAGAGCCCAUAAAUCUUGGUCUUCUCUAUUGGGAGGAGCCUGAUGACAUGGGUCAUGAUCUGGGACCUGACAGUCCACUCAUGGGGCCUGUCAUAUCAGAUAUUGACAAGAAGUUAGGAUAUCUCAUAGAAAUGCUGAAAAAGGCAAAGCUGUGGAACACUGUGAACUUAAUCAUCACAAGUGACCAUGGGAUGACCCAGUGUUCUAAGCAAAGGGUCAUAGAACUUGACCAGUAUGUGGAUAAAGAACACUACACCCUCAUUGACCGAUCUCCAGUAGCAGCCAUCUUGCCCAAAGAAGGUAAACUUGAUGCAGUCUACGAAGCUCUAGCUCAUGCCCAUCCUAAUCUUACUGUCUACAAAAAGGAGGAGAUUCCUGAAAGAUGGCAUUACAAAUACAACGAUCGAAUUCAACCCAUCAUAGCAGUGGCUGACGAAGGGUGGUAUAUCUUACAGAAUAAGUCAGAUGAAUUUCUAUUAGGCAACCACGGUUAUGACAAUGCAUUAGCAGAAAUGCAUCCAAUAUUUUUAGCCCACGGUCCUGCCUUCAGAAAGAAUUUCACAAAAGAAGCCAUGAACUCCACAGAUCUGUACCCACUGAUGUGCCACCUCCUCAAUAUCACUGCUAUGCCACACAAUGGAUCAUUCAGGAAUGUCCAGGAUCUGCUCAAUUCAGCAACUCCAAAAGCAAUUCCUUACACACAGAGUGCUACCCUCCUCUUUGGUAGUGACCAACCAGGAGAAUAUGAACCAGAGGAGGCAUAUCCUUACUUCAUAGGGCUUGCCCUUGGCAGCAUUAUAGUGAUUGUAUUUUUUGUAAUUUUCAUUAAACAUUUAAUUCGAAGUCAAAUGCCUAUCCUACAAGAUAUGCAGGCUGAAAUAGCUCAACCAUUAUUACAAACCUAAUGCAGCUUGGAAGUGGAAUUGCAUAUUGAGCAGAGAUUGCAUAAUUAUGUCAGUGUUCAAAGGUUUCGGUUCUAGGAAACGAGUCCCAAACAUUUGCAGAGGCCAUCAAGCAGUCUUAUACAUAUUUAGCCACAGCCACACACACACACACUCAGACACACAUAGAUGGACCAAAAUGCUUAUAAAGCCUUAAUGUCUCCAUUAUUCUCUUUAGCUUAGCGGUAUAUAAGAUCCCGCUUUAUUUGGACUUGGCACAUAUAAUGUCUAUAUUUGGCAACUUUGCACUAUAUAAAGUACCUUAUGCAUUGCACUUUACACUCCAAGUGGGUACUUUUCUUCGAAAUGCACUUUAUGGACAUUUCUUAACUUGGUUGAAAACAAUUUUUUGCAUUCAUUUCAAAAAAUAGUUAUUGCUCACACUGAAUACAAUUUCUAAUAAUUCAAUAUUAAUAUGAAUAUCACCUAAAUUUAGAGAAUAAGAAGCAGCUAAAACUGUUGAAAUCUAAAUGUGACAACAGCAGAUUGCAUCUGUGGGCAUUUUUUUUGUGAUAUUUUUUCCCAAAGAACAUUUCAUUUACUUUUUUUCCCCUAGAAAGGAUCCAAAUACAGACAGAUUCAUUCUGAACAUUUUGUUUCUGUCAGUGUAGUCGUAUGACUCAGAAAUGGUAAUGAAGACACAGGAAUACACAUCUCUUUCCCAUGUAGCCUAACAAUGGCCUGGAUAAAAUAGAUCAGGUACCAUCUCCACAAUGUCUUGUCUUGUCUGUAAUUACUUGCUUCUUUGGAAAUUAAAUCA